UUAUCUUUGGGUCAGCAUGUCUGGUGUCCUUUUACCCAUCCGGCUCUGUUCUCCCACAGUCCAAGAGUUGAAGCAUCGGCGUGUCGUGGGACAAGCACUGGAAGUUGACAGCGACAGCGACACUUCGGAGUCCAGUGACGAUUCGGCCGCGAACGAGUACGCGGAAGGCUUGGGAUUCGCAGAUCGCAGGAGGGAAGCAGUCAGCAACUUUGAAUUUGAUCAUCAUCCAAGGGAGGAAUACUUUGAAGAGCCAAAGUCGUGGGACGGUGAUGUUGGCAGAUGCUCAAUGCAGCCGGUGAGGGAUUCGAAGCGUCCCAUGUCAUCUGUUUUGCGAGAUUUGGAGGCACAAGAAGAGCGGGAACUGAAACGUGCACGGCAAAGUUCGCGUGGGCAAGCUGCGCAAGGAGCCAUGCCGCAGAUGCAGACCUCGAGCCGAGGCAACCAACACUCCCUGGCCGAACUUCGGGCCUAUGGAGCCUGCUUGGCCCUUCUUCGACAACGUUUUCAUCGGGAGGGGCUCAAGGAAGCUUGGGAGCUGGAAGCCUUGCGGGUGCUGAAGGCCCUGCGUAGCUUCAAGAUUGGGGUUUUAGAGCUCCAGUCCACCGGCCUUGGACGAGAGAUGUCGAAAUCAGUUUGGCAAAAGAAUCGAUCCCGGGAAGUUUCAAGGUUGGGCCGACGUCUCUUAAGAGAUUGGCGGCGGAGUGCGGGCCUCCCGGGCCUGCGGUGCAGUGCGAAUCCUGCGAAUAGUGAUCUUAGUAUUUCAUCAGUGCCAGGGGUCGGGCAAGAAACCUCUUGAAUUCAAGGCUCUUGACCCAUAGGCUGAGACUAGAUACCACUAGAGGGUGCUUGAUCAGGGCGCCAGCCCUUGCAUGCCAUUAAGGGCAAUGUGAGGCUAACAACUGGGCUCUUCAGUAGCUGUUGCUAAUUCACAGCCUGCUUCUGGGCCACUUGUGAGCCCAGACGGUUCCAGGAGAGUCCGUGCUGUGCAACUUAGAUCAAGGUAGAACAUGAGUUGCCCUCUGCAGUGUGUACAGCCGCCGGAGGCGCACGCGGGGAAGCAAA